UCGAAUGAGAAAGUCACUCCGUACUUCCAGAGUCCUGUAUUGAGAAAUACCGAGACACUCCGUCAAGUCGCUGAGGACAAUGGAAGCUCCGACAGUCAGUGAGAGCGAGCUGCCGGAAGAAGAGGCGGUGGAAGGCGUGGAGGUCGUGUGGGAACUCUUGGAGGAGAUGAUACGGGAGUGUGCCCAGCGCGUCUUGGAGGAGGAACUGGAGGAGGUGGGCCAGGCUAUGCUCCUUGAACUGCUGGACGGCUGCAGCAGGGAGCUGGUGGAUGAGUUUUACCAGGAGCUGUUGGACAAUGCUGUCAGCAGCAAUGACACUACCAGCUCAGACAAGUGCGAGAACCUGGAAGACAUGGACGAUGAGGAAGAAUUUGAUGGUUUAUUGACAGAAGACAUAAUAGUGGAAGGCUUGUCAAAUCUGAGGCGCUCAGCAACUGGAAUGGAACAGGCCUACCUCCAUCUCUCCCUGCCAAAUUACGAAUUAAGUGAUAUUUCCAUUCUUUGUGAUUACAUUCACCUACAAAAGCUGGAACUUCCUUACAAUAAAAUAACAGAUUUGCGUUGUGUAAGUUAUAUGCCCUACCUGAUACAGCUGGAUGCCUCCCAUAAUACUCUGACCUCGAUCGCUGGCCUAAAACUACCUAAAAAUAUUAAGGAAGUGGACUUCUCAUAUAACCAGAUCUCUGAUGUGAAGGAGCUAUCAGACCAUCCGUUUCUUUCUAAACUGAAUUUGAGCAACAAUCAAAUACAGGCAAUUGAAGGCUUGCAGAACUGUAAAAGUCUCACCUAUCUCAACAUGGCAGAAAAUAGACUUUUGGAAAUCAGUGGCCUGGACUACUUGCCAAUUAAAUUUCUUUUUCUUCAAGGUAAUCAAUUCAUUAAUGUGAAAGGACUGGCAAAUAUGAAACGCCUACAUAAGCUUGAUUUGUCGAACAAUAAAAUAGAAACUCUGAUUGGAUUGGAGGACCAUGAUCUGCUGGAAACUAUCAAUCUAGAGAACAAUCAGAUCAGUGAUCUGGAUGAAAUAAUGCAUCUGAGAAACCUUCAGCUUUUGAGAGGACUGAAUCUACUCAAGAACCCAAUACAGGGAAACCCAGAUUAUUUGUUAUGGGUUCUUUUCAUCAUACAGAAACUGACUGAACUGGAUAAUAAACAAGUGAAAACAUCUGAUAAGGUUCUGGCCAUCAAUAAAUACAACCCUCCUCCUGAAGUGGUAGCUGCGAACGAUCAUAUGACCAAUAUUAUGUAUAGUUUUCUGCAGCCCCAGAGGAUUUAUGACAGCACUUUGCCUAACUUUGAUAUUCCAUAUCCAAUGUUGGUUCUGGUGGGGGCCCAGGCCUCUGGAAAACGAGAACUUUGUCACAUGAUCUGUCAAGAAUUUAGUGAGUAUUUUGGAUAUUGCAUUAGCCACACAAGCCGAAGACCUUACCUUGGUGAAAAGAAUGGAUUUGACUAUUAUUUUGUAUCUGAUGAAGAGUUUGAAGAAAUGAUUCAAAUGGGGAAAUUUAUCGAGACAGUGAAGUAUGACGGAUGUUAUUUUGGCCUUAGCAGAGAUGCAUUAGAAGAUGUAGCCAGUAAGGGUCUGGCAUGCUGUACUCAUAUGGAACUAGAUGGAGUGCGUAGCUUGAAAAAGACAUACUUAGAGCCUCGAUACAUUCUACUGAUCCCACAGGAUAAGGAAGACCAUGAGAAAAGACUGCGGAUAAACGGGCUGUACACAGAAUCACAAAUUAAUCAUGUGCUAUCCAGAGUUGAUGAUUGUAUCUACAUGAACCAAACGUUUCCAGGAUACUUUGAUGCUGUUAUUAACUCUGAUGAACUUACAGAUACAUACACACAGCUAAGCCAACUGAUAAAGGAGUAUUUGAGCCUCAAUGAUCAAACAAGCGUCAACAGUACCAGAACCAUGGAAGUAGAAAAGUGGCAGAUGUCUGGUUUGACAAACAGCAUACCAUCUAAUGAAAGUAAACUAAAUUGGAGUUCAAUUUCAUGGAACAUUGGAUUUCCUACUGAAUCAGUGCAGUCUUCCAACAGAAAUUAUUCUUCCAGAAUACAGGCUAGACUUUCAGCAGAAAGAUCAACCUUGGAAAAAAAUUCAAUUCAGCAACGCCAGAGGGAGGCACGGGAGGUUGUGGUGGGAAGAACUCCAAAUAGAGGCACCUACCUGUUCAAAAGGGCUCGAACAAAUGAUUUGAAGAGUUAUGAUGUAUCAAAACUAUCAUUCCACACCUCCAUUAGGCCUAAUGCAAGUGACAUUAGUCAGGAUCUGAAUUUGUUUUCUUCAUCCAGCAGCUCUGAAACAACCCAAAUCAGCACAGAGGAGUCAAUACUUUCAUCAGCUGAAGUAUUUACAGACAGGUCCAACUCUGUUGUAAUGGAUACUCACUCCUCUAUCAGGGAUACUUCCAAGAUCCUGCUAAAGAUGAAAUCCAAGCCUAUAACAGAUUUCAACAAAACACUUCAAGGUGCUGGAGAUACUGUUCACAAACAAGAAGAAACUGCUAAGCCCGAACCCACUAUGGAAUUACAACCCCCGUCCAAGAGUCUUUUAUCUCCAACCAUUGAGUCUCCUUCUUACCGACUUGGAUUAAACAUUAAGCCUAUUCUACCUGAAAUUCCAUCAGGCCGGACAACUGCUAAAUUCCCAGUUAAUUCAAAGGAAACAUUCUGUACUUCGAAAUGAAAGUUUACCUAGUCCAGAACUGUUUCUGCAAUACCAAAAUUAAAACUUCUACUUUCAGUCUUCUGAUUAUUUAAGUCAUAUCUAUAUUAACGAAAGCAACAACUUGCAUUUAUAUAUUGCACUGAACAUAGCCAAAAUCUCAGUGUCUUGCAGGAACACAGAGUUAGGGAGAGAAUUCUAGAGCGGGACUGAGUAGAUAAUGGUGCUACAAUAAAAGGUGGAAUUGGACGAAAUGUAUA